AUGGCUGAAGAAGGACUCUUCGCCGCCAAGUACCUCUCCAAGGACGUACAGGCCGCGCUCCCUGAGGGCUACAAGCUGCGCCCUCUCCGUCGCGAGGACUACAGCGCCGGGUUCCUCGACUGCCUGCGGGUGCUGACGACGGUGGGCGACGUGACCAAGGAGCAGUGGGACGAGCGUUACGACUGGAUCGCGAAACAGGACGGCAGCUACUUUAUUGUUGUCAUCGAGGACACCACGGCGAAGCCGCCGCGCGUUGUCGGGACAGGCGCGCUGCUGGCGGAGCGCAAGUUCAUCCACAACCUCGGCUCAGUCGGACACAUCGAAGACAUCGCGGUGGCCAAGGACCAGCAGGGCAAGAAGCUGGGCCUGCGGCUGAUCCAGGCGCUCGACUACAUUGCCACACAGACGGGGUGCUACAAGACCAUCCUCGACUGCAGCGAGGCCAACGAGGGGUUCUACGUCAAGUGCGGGUUUCGGCGUGCCGGCUUGGAGAUGGCGCACUACCACGAGGGGCCGAAGAGUAAUGGUGCUUCCCAAUGA